GGUUCAUUGAUAGUCGAGGCUACAAAGUCAUACGUUAGUUUUGGUUUGGUUUGAAUGUUUCGAACACUACCUAGCUGUCAUAAUUAAUUUACAAGAAUUUCAUUGAUGAUUGACGAUUGUUGAGUUGUGGAUACUUGUUUCGCUAACAUUUAAUUAGUUUCAAUUCUUUCAAACAAAUGUUAUUGACUAGUUCAUAAUUUACAGUUCAGUGUGACAGUGUAGUGUUAUGUCUGAAGCUAUUAAAAGUAUAUUCCUCAUAAAUGGCGGGGACGUUAUGACCAGUAGCAAACAAGUGAUAGUUGUUGAUAGUUAUUCUGUAUGAAAAUGUAAUCUAAUACUUCAAUAAAGAGCAUCAGUCGGUGACAGACGGAUAGUUUGGGUUAUUUCGUCAAAACAAUGCAAAUACCAUAAUCCGUGAUGUCUUCGGUGCACUGCGUGGUGGUGUGGGAGUGGCAGUGCAAUGGUCAGUGGCUGCCGCACACACCAGGAGUCACCCGCACCUUAGAGCGAGCUCAUGCCAAGAAGCUCACUCGAGUUGUGCUGGCUGAUGCUGACCCUGCCUUACGAGGUCAUUAUGUAAACCUCAGGACUCUUACACAAUGUAUGGACAAUCCAGAUGGUUCACAUGCGAGCUGUGCAGCGGGCGGUGCGGGGGGGGCGGGCGCGGAGUGCGGCGUGCGGAGAGCCUGCUACAGCGUGACGUCACCCGCCGCGCGGGGUCUGCGCUGGGACUGGGCGCGCCUCGUGUCACCGCCGCUGGGGGGAGAGCUGCACUAUGAGCCACUGCCCAUGGAGGUACAAUGUCUACUGGAAGAGGCGUGGGCAGGUGGUGGUGAGGCAGUGACGUUCGAUGGCUGGGUGGCGUCGGUGUCGCGCAUGACGGCGCGCGGCGGCGGCGGGCUGGCGCUGCUGCGGCGCGGGCCGCACCCGCCCUACCCGCUCACGCGGCCCUCCGCCGCGCAGCACCCGCCGCCGCCGCCAGAGCGCGCGCCGCUCGAAGGUCGCCGUCCUCGCAUACCACAGCAACACACAGGUUCCAGCGUCCACUCUGUGCAGUCAAUACAAUCAUUUCAGUCAGUGCAAUCCGUGCAAUCAGUUCAGUCAACAAAAUCCUGUCAGGCAGCUCAAUCUAAUGCUACAAUGCCAAGACAGGGCGCGCGUAGUGCCUCACCUCGCGACCGGAAGCCAGGAUUAGCGAGACAAAUAUUGCAUAACCUUAACAUAUUCAGUAACAAUAAUAAACAAGCCAGCAACCAAGGCGUAGAAAGCAAGCUCAAGGAAGAGUUAGCAGACGAACAGCGGCACACUGACACGGAGUGCAGCAGCACGCGCUCCGGACGGCGACACAGUGUCGACACCGUGUCCACAUACCUUAGCCACGAGAGCAAGGAGAGCUUACAGCAAGCGUCUGUGGGUGAGCUACUGAACUGUAGCGGUGGCAGUGAUGACGUGUUUGAAGCGCCUCCUCCUCCAUCAUUACCUCCUCUAAACAACGAUAUCCCUACGUCCGACGGGAGUAUCGUGGGCGUGGACGAGGCGUCGUCGCAGGUGUGCGUGUGGGUCCGCGCGGCGCCGUGUCCGCAGUGGGGCGCGCUGUGCCCCGCCUGCCUGGCGCCGCUGCACGCGUCGGCCGCGCCCGCCGUGGCGCUGGCCGCCUGCCAGCAUCUGCUGCAUCUGCACUGCCUCAACAGGCAGCUCGAGCGCCUGCGCCAGAACGGGGAGUCGCUAUACAUCGAGUGCCUGGUGUGCGGGCGCGUGUACGGGCGGCCGGGCCCCGCGGCGGCGCCGGGCGGCGCGGGGCCCCCGCCGGGCCUGCAGCCGCGCGGCGCGGGGCCCCCGCCGGGCCUGCAGCCGCGCGGCAGCAUGGCCUGGGCGCUGCAGCCCGUCGCGCUGCCGCAACACCCGCACUGCACCUCCUCCAUACUCGUCACCUACAACUUCCAGUCAGGGCGCCAAGGCCCGCAGCACCCGUCCCCGGGCGCGCCCUACUACGCGGUGGGCUUCCCGCGACACUCACUGCUGCCUGACACGCAGCUCGGCAGACAGGUGUUGUCGGCGCUGCGCGCGGCGUGGGAGCGCGGCGUGCUGUUCCGCGUGUGCGCGUCGCUCACGACGGGGCGCGAGCACGUGCUGGCCUGGAGCGUGGCGCCGCCGCCCGCGCAGCCCGCGCACUACGCGCCGCCCGCGCAGCCCGCGCGCCUGCUGCGCGACACGCUGGCGCGCCUGGCCCGCCUGCUGCCCGCCUGCUGCCCGCCGCCCACGACCUGCGCGCCUGACUGCACGCUCACGCCGCGCCCGUAG